CUUUUUCUCCAUAAACUAUACUGCUCUUUCUUGCCCAGUUUACAGAUGCUAAGGUCUAGGAUGUGAUGAGGUGGAACAAGGAUGAGAGUCGUUGCUUACUAUUUCUGGUCAGGCGCUUCUCUAGAUCUGUGGGCCAUUCUGCACAAGCAAAUCAUUGUGAACCUGUGAUUCGAGUGUCAAACAAUAUUACACAUUUGGGCCGUCAAAAGGAGGGUGCAAAACCUAGCCAGCUAUUGUCUUUACCCCCAUUUCCUGGUCAUCCUUUGCCGGGAAAGAAAGUGGCCACCGGUCCUGACCAACCAUCUUGUCAUGUUACUGCCAUUAGCUGGAUCAAAUACUACUUUGAUGAGAUACCAGGCUCGGUCAUCCAAACCCAUUUUAAUAAGGGCCUCGUGCAGUUAGAGUUUAAUGAGUUAUUUACAAGCAAGGAAAGGCAAACAAGAUUGUUGAGGAAGAUAAAGCAUUCCGAGGUCAUGGAAGUUGGUGCAAGAAUUCAUGUACCCAUAUCUGUUGCUGAAACAAGAAUCUCAAAACGAUAUGAUGUUAUACCUAGUGGCACGUUGUAUCCUAAUGCUGAUGAAAUAGCAUACUUGCAAAGGCUUGUAUUUUACAAGGAUCCCGCCAUACUUGUUCUAAACAAGCCCCCUAAGCUGCCUCUAAAGGGAAACCUUCCCGUGCAUAAUAGCAUGGAUGCCUUGGCAGCCGCAGCAUUGUCUUAUGAAUAUGACGAGGGUCCUAGGCUGGUACAUCGUCUUGAUAGAGAGAGCAGUGGCCUUCAUUUAAUGGGAAGAACAGAAGAAAGUAUCUCCCAUCUUCAUUUAUUGUUCAGCAACACAAAAAAGUCCAAGUCCCUGUCUAAGGCAUGGAAUGAUGCAUGUGGGUCAACAUAUCAGAGGUAUUGGGCGUUGGUAAUAGGUUCCCCCAAGGAGAAGGAAGGCGUGAUCUCUGCACCACUUACAAAGGUGCUACUUGAUGAUGGUAGAACUGAGAGAGUCAUGUUGGCUCAACCGUCGGGUUUAGAAGCUUCUGAUGAGGCUGUUACUGAAUAUAGGCUGCUUGGUCCAAUGAUCAAUGGAUGCUCAUGGAUUGAGUUGCGCCCUCAUACAAGUAGAAAACAUCAGCUUCGAGUUCAUUGUGCUGAAGCCCUUGGAACUCCAAUUGUGGGUGACUACAAGUAUGGUUGGUUUGUCCAUCGCAAAUGGAAGCAGAUGCCGAGAGUAGAUGUUGAGCCGACAACAGGGAAACCCUACAGAUUAAAGAGGCCGGAAGGAUUGGAUGUUCAGAAAGGAAGUGUCUUGUCUAAGGUCCCUUUGUUACAUCUGCAUUGUAGGGAGCUUGUGCUCCCAAAUAUUGCCAAAUUUAUUGAGCUUCACAGUCGAAAAACGAAAAAACACUCAGAUUAUAGCUCAAAACCAGAUCUCCUCCGGUUUGUAGCACCAAUGCCAUCUCCCAUGAAAAUUAGUUGGAAGCUUAUGUCCUCUUGCUUGAUAUGAAAAUAACAAGUAACAACAAGAAAAAGCUACUG